AUGCACAGCAAAUCUAAUCUGGCUUCUCAGGAAAUUAAAGAUGACAAUGACGUCCAACAGGCACGUCUUGUGAUAAGAUCACGGGUGAUACAAGAAGCCAACAUUAAACAGCAGGAAAGCGAUGGCGAUGGAAUUGAGACAGAAGCAGAGGUAUAUAGAUUUUUUAGAUUGUCAUUCGUACCAUGAGGUUAACGUUAUGUUAGGAGACGGAUGGGGGUGAAAUUGAAUCUGGAGACGAGGUAAGAACUUCAAGAUAUGAUAACCCCAUUUCCGUAGAACGAAACUAAAAGCACCACAAGGAGGCGGUAGAAUUAGAACCAUCAGUCAAUGGCUCUGACAAAGACUUGGACGAAGACGAAAUGUCCGAAGAAGGUACCGAGAAUGACGAGGACGAGGUGCGUAUUCUAAUUGUACCAACAAAGUACAUUGCUAACAUUAGACAACGAGGUUGAGGAUUCCGAAGCUGUACUGAGUGAGAUGGAGGAGGUAAGUGCUCUAAACUUUUGGCUUUUCAGAUCUAAUCAUACCAGGAAAAUGAGGACUCCGAGACGAUGAUUAGUGGCGAAGAAUUAAACGAACAACAAUCCGAAGAUGAAAUGGAUGAUUUGCAAUCCGAGAACCAGGACGAGGACCAAGAGAGCGCUAUUGAGCUUGGAACUCAGGGGCACAUCAAGACAUCGGAAGAGUGUAGCGAAUUCCAUCGCUUGAGCAAGAAUGGUAGUGACGUGAGAGAGUAUGAAUUAACCUCUGGGCUUAUGGAUGGCGAUAACCAUGAUGACAAGGACGAAAUAAAACCCAUGCACAUCAUCUCUGGAGCGUCUUUGGUGCAUCAGGACAAGGGAGGUGAUCUAAAGCAGCUUUCAACCACUGAAAACGACAAGUUCGAUGUCAAGGGGGACCUCCUGUCAUGUCCACAGGGAAGUGAGAAGCAAGAUAGAACACACCUGGAAAAGGGCCACCCGGAGCUACCUAGGAACGACAAAGAGGAUCCCAGCACUGAACUUUCAGCUGAACAGGAAGAAAGUGGUUUUCCAAAUAAGCCUUCAAUCACCAACGAUAGGAUGGAAGCAAUUGGAGAGGACUCCCAGAGAAGGUUCCAAGAGGGCGAGAGUCCAUCCCGCAAGGAAUCCCGUCAAUACGUAACUCAGGAAAACGUCGAGGUGGAAAAGAACCAUCAUUUUGAAGCCACUAAGUCGGUUAGCGUUCACGAGACACCUGUAAGCGAGGAAACAAAGGAGGAUGUUAUUUCAGACUCCAAGCACGAGGCCGAUAGUGAAAAUGACGCAGAAGAUAUAGAUGAGUUUGACUCUGAAAAUGACGAGCAAGAUCAAGUCUCACAGGGUGAGCAAUCUGAGAUUGAUGCAAGUGAAGUGCAGAGCGAUGAAGAGGAUGAAUAUGGAGAAGACUCUGGUGAUGAUAUCAUGCAAUCUGGCGAGGACGAAGAAAUAUCUGAUAGAGACGAUGACGGAACCGACCACGAUCUAGGUACCGACGAAGAGGUUGAGCAAAUCGAAGAAGAAGAGGAAGAUCCCGAGGAUGUUUUAGGAGAUAUAGCUGAAGCCUAUGAAAACACGGAAGCUCAAAGCCAGGCAGGAUCCGAGGUAGACCUCGAGACUGAGGGCGAGGAUGAAGAAGAAGAAGAAAAUGAGGAGACAGCAGAUGAGGACGAAGGUAUAGAAUCGGUGACAGAAGAUGAUAUCGAUAGUGAUGAUGAUGACGAGGAAAGCGACGAGGUCCUGGAGAGUGAUGAAGAGCAAAUUAGUGAUAACGACGAAGACGAGCAAACAGAUCCCGAUGAUAUUCAAGAUGCGCUCGUUACCGAGGACGAGGACGAGGACGACGAUUCGCAACUUGAUUCAAUUUCAGAGGAUGAAGCCGAGCCAUCAGAAGAGAACCACAAACCCAACGACCCAAAAAACACGAAGACUCCAAAGUCUUCCCCUCCAAAAGCAAAGGUCACUACCAAUGACCUAAAUGAGCUAAACAAGAAAACAAAUGCGCCCGCGAUAACCGAUGACGAAGCAGAUGACGCAGACAGUGAGGAAGAGCCCAGGAUCAAAGCGAGGGUUUUGAGACCAUGGAAGGCUUUUGCGAGGAAUUCGAAGUCUGAAUCAAGGAAGUCUAGGGAGAAGAAGAAGGGUUUGACGACUUCGCUUCUGGGGUCUGAGGUGGAUGGUGAGGAUGAGGACGAGGUGUGUGAUGAGGAGGAGGUCGAUGAUCACGAUGACGAUCAUGAUGAUGAUAAGGAAAAUAACAAGGAUGAAGAAGGACAAAGUGAACAAGAACUAGCUACCGACGAAGAACUUAUCACAGAGGAUGAAGAGCCAGUCACGGAAAACGAAGACGCCGAUCUACAUACUAAGCACGGGAAGAAGUCCUCCAUCAAAAAGAGCUGA